AUGCCACUGCUGCUACUGCCUGAUCAUCAAACCACAGAGCCUAAACUAUCAAGGGACAGAAGCAGUGUGAAAAGCGGUGUUUCCUUUGAGCUGAUAUUGUCUGGAAUGGGAGGAGAUGUGUGGCAGCUGGGCAUCCAGCUGUGCAUUACUGCUGUGCUGCUCUUCGGUGGAGGAAGAGGGAGAGAGUUCCCUGGCAGCCUGAGCUGCCUGAAUAACUACGUGACUACCGUGAGCUGCACGUGGGCAAUGGAGGAGCCUGUGGGCGAUGGACCUUUCCACCUGCAUUUCACCAACCUCUGGUCAAAGGGCCACAACGCCAGCUGCAAACUGACUGCCAGAGAGAGCAUGCAGAAUCGGUACCACUGCACAAUCCAUUUAGCCAGCCAGAUCUUGGAAACAGAUGGUUAUAGAGUCUCUCUCCAAGGCAACUUCUUUGGACGUAAUCACACGUACAUUAUCUUUGCAGAGUACAAUCCCCGCAAGCACAUAAAACUUGAUCCACCUUUGAACAUCCAGAGCAACAUCACUGCCAGCAAGUGUCAGAUAUGGUGGAGUGUGCCUUGGUACCUCGUUGAAAUUCUUCAAUAUGAGCUGCAGUAUAAGGAGUACAGCAUGUCCUGGGAGAUCGCAUUGAACAAGACACCACCCAGUUCACUGCCACAGAUAGAAAUUGAAGCCACAGAGCUUCGCAGUGGCAUUGCUUACAUUGCACGAGUUCGCUGCAAAGUUUCUGAAAAUGAGGAUUCGUACCAUAGUCAGUGGAGCGAGUGGAGCCAGACAACAGUAUUUCAAAGACCAGGUGUACCAAAACUGUCUGAAAAGAUCCUAAAUACCAGAACUAUGCAGUUCUUGUUCAUUCCUCUGAGUUUUGGCACUCUACUCUAUUUAUUUUGGAACUGCAAGCUUUCUUCAAGGGCAAAAAGCCUCUCCUGCUUUAACAUUCCCACGCCAGCUGCUUUCUUUCAGCCACUCUAUAAUUUGCACAAUGGGAAUUUUAAGGACUGGGUUGGACCUAAUAAGACUUGUAGCCUACUUAGAAGAGAGGAGGCCAGCAACUCAAACAAAGUGACUGCAGAUGGAGUUUCUGAUCCAAACACCCAAGAACUGAUUUCCCAGAUCUCCUUGAAACCUGUGGAAAGCACAAAUCUGGUUGCUGCAGAAGAAAACUUUGUAUUUGCCUCAGGUCCAUGCCAGCAGUAUGUCACCAGCAGGUAUGUAAGAGCAGAAGAGGUAGAAGUGAGGCUGGGACUAUUGUUUGCACAAAACCAUGCUGAUGAUACAGCUGGCCUGAAAAUCUCUGAAAUAGUUAAAGUCAACCUUGAAAGCCCUAGCAUGGGAAGGAAUUAUCCCUCUCACUCACAGCAUGGAAAGGGUGACUUCAUUAUGCUUCAGGAAUCUUUGGAGAUAGGAAAUGUGUCCUUCAGCAGUAGUGACUAUUGUACCUUGUGUGACAAUGAUACCACAGGAGGUUUGAUUCCUGCUGAACCACUGAAGCUCUCCAAUGGUAAUAGUCUUGUCAAACAUCAGAAUGACCUUCCCUGA